GUGCGCACAGAACUUGAUCAGUUGGCACACGUAUUACACAGCAAGUUUUGCAGAGGAGCAUUUCCACAGGAUGGCAUUGUGGAAGGGACUCUAUAGCAAUGUGGAUGUGCUUGAACAUCAGACAGAUGAUCCCAAGGUCCAUGAACAGAGAAGGUGGUCAGACUCCAAAGAGAACCCCGAGGUGGAGAGCACAUAUGAGCCCAUUGACCCAGCAAUCAGACUGGAGGGGAGAGAAGCAGAGCCACUGCCUGCAGGUUGCUGUCCAGCAUGCUGGAAACCACCUUUCACAUGCAAGGCUGGCAUAGUAGCUGGUACCGCUGUGCUGGCCACAUCUGUGUCCCUGAACAUGUUGCUGCUCGCUCUGGGACUGGUGCACUAUUCUAAGAUGGUUGCUACCUUGGAACAGGCACACCAAGAGAACAAGCGGCUGCAAGAGGCAGUACCUAACUCCUUCUUACUGUACAAUGAGGCUCACAAUGCCUGCAUGACUAUGAAACAGCCCAACAAUCUCGUCAAGGCUUCUUGUGACCCUGGUGUCCCAACCCAGCACUUUCAGCGGCUCUCCAGAGGCCUCCUUCGUCAUGUGGCAUCACAGCUAUGUGUUCAAGCCCACGGGGCAAAAAACAAGGUGGCUAUCAUUCUGCAGCCCUGCAAUGCACAGAGAUCACUUCAACACUGGGAGUGCCAUGACCAUGAUCUCCUGGCCCUUCAGGGCACAGCUCUGUACUUCCACUAUGGCCACAGUGCCCAGAAGCUGGCAAUGCUGUAUAGUCAGAGUGGGCGCUGGAGUCGCUGGCUCAUCUAUGGAACACAAAACAACAUCUGCAGCACUUGCAACCCCUUUUCAAAAGAUUGGACCUUCUUUCAGGGGAGCUACUACUUCUUUUCAUACUCUCCAGGAACUUGGGAAGUGGCCAACCAAUCAUGCACCUCGAUGGGAUUCCACCUAGUGAUGAUCAACAGCAUAGAAGAAAAGGGCCACGUUACAACCAUUAUGAAGACUCCUGCCUGCUGGAUCGGCCUUACUGACCAGGUGCUUGAAGGUGACUGGAAGUGGGUGGAUGGGACACGCGUAGAACAUGACAACAGCUAUUGGCAUCAUGAGCCUAAUGGUGGAAAAGGUGAGAAUUGUGCCUUGAUGCAAAACAGUCUUUGGUACGAUCACCAAUGCAAAGAUAACUUUCACUGGGUCUGUGAGAGAAAGCUUUAGUUCAAUGGAGACAUCUCACCAACACAAGAUUACAUUACAUCUGUCAAGCAUAAACACUGGAGGCUGAACCUAUGCAGAUUCUAGCAGAUCAGCACAGCUAUGUAACUUCUGUCUUUUCCCAGUCAAAACUGUAUACAGAUAAA